UUUCGGCAAUUAAGGUUUAGUCGCUUCCCUGUAUGUCAUAGGGGUCCUUUUAGUUGAUCAUAGCUAGUCGUGAUCUGGUAGCGAUGGCCGACAUGGAAGAUCUGUUUGGUAGUGAUGUUGAUUCCGACGACGAGCAGAAAGAGUACAAUCCGAGAGCUGGAUAUGGAUCUGAAUCUGAUCAGGAGCAGGCUCCUUCUCCUAGCAUUGUGUCUAGAAGUGAAAGUGAAAAAGAUGUCAAUGAGGAUGAAGAUGAUGAUUUUGAAGACAGAGAUGUUUUAAAGCCUAGCAACAAGGAAUUGUUUGGUGAUGACAGUGAAGAAGAGAGAGAAGAAGUAGGCUCUCAUAACAGUGAAAGUGACAACAGAUCUGAAAGGUCUGAUAAUGCUUCUGAAGCUUCUCUGCAUUCAGAGCAGAAAGACAAUGAUGAGUCUGACAUGGAACAGCAUAGUGCUUCAGAUGAUCAUCAGGAAGCAGCAGAUGAUGAUGACGAAGGUGAAGAACGCAUGUCAGAUGCAGGUAGUCAUAAUUCUGAGGCAGAAGCUUCUGAAAAAGAAGUGCAGUCUGAGGAUGAAAAAUGGGGCUCAGAUGGUAAGAGUGAGCAUUCUGAUGACGAAGAAAAGCAACAUGUCUCAGAAGAUGAAGACCACCACCAGUCUGCUGAUGAUGAUGAGAUGAGCCGGCACUCUGAUGAUGACAUGCCUCAACACUCUGGUGAUGAAAUGCAGCAUUCUGAUAAUGAUGAUGAAGAAGAUGAUGAAAUGAACCAAAAUUCAGAUACAGAAGAGCGUCACCGUCACUCAGAUGAUGAUGAACAUCAGCAGCAGUCGGGUAAUGAGACACCUGUUCAGCCUUCUGAUGAAGAGACAUUCCAUCAUAACUCUGAUGAUGAGAGACACCAUGAGGAAUCAGAUGAUGAGACGCCUCACCAGCGCUCAAGUGUCAAAGUGCAGCAUAGACAUUCUGAUAGUAAACGCAGCCGACACUCUGAUGGGAAGGAACAGUUCCAUCACAAAAAUAAAAAAGAGAGACAGGGUCAUAGGGUUGUUGGGACACCCAUUCAGCAUAAUGAUGAGGAUGAGACUCCCUUUCACCAUGCUGAAGAAGAGGAGACUCCCUUUCGUGGUGCUGAAGAGGAGGAGACUCCCUUUCGCCAUGCUGAGGAGGAGACACCUUUUCGCCAUGCUGAAGAGGAGACACCUUUUCGCCAUGCUGAGGAAGAGACUCCUUUUCGCCAUGUUGAGGAAGAGACUCCCUUUCGUUACCCUGAGGAGGAAACUCCCUUUCGCCACCCUGAUGGAGAAACUCCCUUUCGCCACCCUGACGCAGAAACUCCCUUUCGUAACCUUGAUGGAGAGACUCCAUUUCGUCAUCCUGAUGGAGACACUUCAUUUCGGCAUCCUGAUGUAGAGACUCCCUUUCGUCCAGGUGAUGGAGAGACACCGUUUCAUCACAUCAGUGGAGAAACACCUCUUCAGCACUCUGAUGAUGAGUUGUCCCAGCAGCAGUCGGAGGAUGAGAUGCCUCAGCAGCAGGGUGUUAACAAAAAGCACCGUACACACAGCAACAAAAAGAAGCAACGUCGGUACUUGGAUGAUGAUGAUGAUGAGCGUCGUUUAGAUAACAAGGGUCGUAGACAUUCAGAUGAUGAUGAGCGCCGUUUAGAUAACAAGGGUCGUAGACAUUCAGAUGAUGAUGAUGAUGAGCGUCGUUUAGAUAACAAGGGUCGUAGACAUUCAGAUGAUGAUGAUGAUGAUGAGCGUCGUUUAGAUAACAAGGGUCGUAGACAUUCAGAUGAUGAUGAUGAGCGUCGUUUAGAUAACAAGGGUCAUAGACAUUCAGAUGAUGAGCGUCGUUUAGAUAACAAGGGUCGUAGACAUUCAGAUGAUGAUGAUGAGCGUCGUUUAGAUAACAAGGGUCGUAGACAUUCAGAUGAUGAGCGUCGUUUAGAUAACAAGGGUCGUAGACAUUCAGAUGAUGAUGAUGAUGAUGAUGAGCGUCGUUUAGAUAACAAGGGUCGUAGACAUUCAGAUGAUGAGCGUCGUUUAGAUAACAAGGGUCGUAGACAUUCAGAUGAUGAUGAUGAUGAGCUUCGUUUAGAUGACAAGGGUCGUAGGCAUUCAGAUGAUGACGAACAACAUUUAGAUGACAAGGGUCAUAGACAUUCAGAUGAUGAUGAUGAUGAGCGUCGUUUAGAUGACAAGGGUCGUAGACAUUCAGAUGAUGAUGAUGAUGAUGAUGAUGAGCGUCAUUUAGAUAACAAAGGUCGUAAACAUUCAGAUGAUGAUGAUGAUGCUGAGCACCCUAUGCAGUCUGAUGAUGAUGAGCCUCAGCGACCCCUGAAAACUGACAAAGGAAAACUCACAGAUGAAAAAGCAGGUCUUUCAGAGGAUGAACAAGAACAGGGCUCCGAUGAUGAGCAAGUUCCUCAAAUAAGUCGUAAGCCACAACGUCACUUUGAUGAUGAACAUUCAGAUGACGAUGAGAUCCGCCACCAUUCAGAUGAUGAGGUUCAGCAGGACCAUAAGCCAGGGUCUGCUGCCGGCAGUGACAGUGAAGAUGACAUUGGGAAAAGUAGACAUAAGAAACUUUUUGCUUCCGACUCUGACUCUGAUAACGAAACAAAAACUAAAAAAGCUAAUGGUCUUGAGUCAGACCUGUUUGGAGGUGCUGAUGACAUUUCUUCUGACAGUGAUAAUGAAAAGCCAGCAACCCCAGGGCAGCCUGAUGAGAAUAAGGAUGGUGUAGGUGAACACGAACAUCCUGAUGAAGAAACAGUCCCAGAAACAAGAAUAGAAGUAGAAAUUCCAAAAGUUAGCACUGACUUAGGAAAUGAACUGUAUUUUGUGAAGCUACCUAACUUUCUCAGUGUUGAGCCCAGGCCUUUUGAUCCCCAGUAUUAUGAAGAUGAAUUUGAAGAUGAGGAAAUGCUUGAUGAAGAAGGUAGAACAAGAUUAAAGUUGAAGGUUGAGAACACCAUCAGGUGGAAAGUACGCCGUGAUGAUGAAGGAAAUGAAAUUCGAGAAAGCAAUGCACGCAUUGUCAGAUGGUCAGAUGGAAGGCAAGUGGUGAUGCUUUCAUUUUUCACUGUAGCCUCACUUUGCAACAGAGUAGAAAAUUGAUUUAUAAAGUCUUGC